AUGUACACUCCAACCUAUCAUCAUCAGAGGAUGGUGAUAUGUGGCCUUGUGCAGAGGACUAGAUCAGCCGCUGAUUUGUUGAAGAAGAGGAUAACGAAUGACUUCGUACUCAAGCCCUAUCCUGACGGUGGUGGUGGUGAUGAUGGACCAGCAGGAGGAAAGGGUCAGAGUUGGUGGAACCGCCAAUGUUCAGGAGGGAAGACGGAGAAGCUCGGCGGCUGCCGAGGAGGGGCGAAAGACCAAAAAUCACAAGAAAAGCCAAUGAGAGGCGCAAGCUAACCAUGGAGCAACAACAACAUGCAUAAUUGACAAUUAAUGCAGAAUCACAAAAAAUGGUUUGGGAGGCUGGUGCCACUGAUAUCAGAAUGCGUCAGCCCAAAUCAGAGGACGAGAACGCAGAGGAAAAACACAGGACCAUUUUGAUAUAGUGGAGUUCGAACAUUGAACUGAAGUGGACAAUCAUUCAUGGUGCUAACUCAGAUUUGCUAUAAUGAUCCAAGUAGACCAAUUGAGCUAAAAUUAUUGGCCUGCUAUUUUCUUUCCAAGACUUUUUAGAGCUAAACUACCUAGCAUCUACCAAGAGUUUCCUAUACUUGGCGAUCCCCUAUUUGUUGCAAGGACUUUGCCAACACACAUACCUUUAGCUUUGGCCAUCAUGAGGGGCUUCAGUUACUGCAAGUGAUAGCCCUGAAGUGUGCUCAGCUGCAGCAUUUUGCUCAUGAAGUCAUCCUUGAGAGUCCAAGGAAAGUAUUUUGCGUUGGAAUAAUGAUCAUAGCACAUGCACAUUCUCUAAACAUAUCCUUCCCGUUAUUUGUUUUUUUUUUCUUCUUAAUCCAUCAGUCCCUUUUGUUUUUGUGAGUUUAUCUUAUGCCAACUGCAGAUUUCGGUAUUGGAAUUAUGACAACCAGAAACUGAUGCAUUCAGGGAAGUCUGUAGAGCAUCCAACAAGUUGAAAGAAAGGGACUCUAACUACCGGAAGAGAGAAAACAAGUGACCAAGGAUUACCAAACAAAAUACGGAGAAACUACAGGCUGCUCAAUGAGGUCAAAUUUGAGGAGGAAAUUGGUGUGCAAGAGGAGACAGGUUGUAGGACUUCUUAGAACAUCUAAAACAUUUCAGGUAGUUUUCUCACUUUAUGUUGACAGAACGUUCUGAACAUGAAAUACUAAUGCAGAAAUUUGUAUCUUCCAAGUUCCAUGGGUCAAUUUUGCAUGAAUGCUCAAGUGAAAACCAAAAAGAGUGGUGGGGAAGGGAAGAUCCAGGUGAAAUUGACUACUCCAGUGAGAAACCAAACCGUCCACUGGAGACAAAUACAAAAGGAAUUUCAUAAUGGAGGGACUUUGACAAUCUCUUUACAAGUUCAGGGAAUCCAAACUUCUUCACCACCAUUGUGUAAAUUGUUACAUUGUAGGUUCAUCCAUUUCCAUCAAACGAAAUUGUCUUUUUUUUCAAAGGAAGUUUCUAUAAAAUGCCUAUCAAGGUUGUCAACCCGCGGUCGACCCACGAGUCGACCCACUUUGACCCUAACCCGGUGAAAAAAACGGGCCGCACGCACCCGUCGGGUCGACCGCUACAAGGUACCGGGUUGAAAGUCAAAUUGUGUCAUUUUUUUUCUUUGGUUUGCGAAAUGCGCCUAUUUUCCGAUUUUUCUUUUCGCCUAACUCAAUCUUUGGAAUCCUAAGUUGAAUAUUUGAAUAUUGAUGUUGUAUAAGUGUGUGUGAAUUUUCACUUUAUGCUGGAUCUAAGUACGAUAUGUUAUUUUGGUG